AGAGAAAACUCGUAUUUCUGUUUAUUAAACUUGUGCGUUUCUUAUGGUGUCAGCAAAUUACUUUGUGAAAGAGCCACAGUAGAAAAACAGUUUGUUAUAAUUGAUACAGAUUUCUCUCCCGGUGUGAUUCCUUUAUCAGGAACCAUGAUAUAAUUGCACCAUGUGUUCAGAUAUGAGAGAUUCCUUUCAUUUUGCAAAUCUAAUAAUUGAACCGUAAUAGGGUUUUCAUUGGUCAGCUGUGUUAUAAAUGACAACAUUUCCACAAGCGUCAAAACAAGAUCAUCGGAGUGAAUUAGAACACAGUGGCCGGGUUUAUAAACUGUUGAAAGUUACUGCUGUAUCAUUUCGGUCGAACUCUUUGAGCCCAAGAAUCGCGAAGUGGAGCGUUUGACUUAAGUCUCGUAGGGUGAUUUAAGAAUCAAAGACAAUGGCGAAAAUUGACGAAGAAAUGAUGACCGAAAUGAAAGAUGCCUACACCCUGUUUGAUCGUGUGGGAGAUGGCAAAAUCGACGGGGACCAGAUUCCAGAUUUACUUCGUUCGAUGGGGUUGAACCCAGUGGGCGCUGAUCUGAAACCAGUGACAGACGAGCAUCAGGGCAAAAGAGUCGAGUUCGAACGGUUCCUGGGAAUCUACAAUCAGUUCCGCAAUAAGCCAGAACCCGUCAGAGAAGAUUUUAUUGAGGGGUUCAAGUGUUACGAUCGGGACGGUUCAGGUACCAUAGAUGGAGCUUCCCUGAGAGGAAUGCUCUGUUUCCGAGGAGACAGCAAGCUCACUGAAGAGGAAGCCAACGCCCUCCUCGCCCCGGUCGAAGAUCCCAAGAAUAGUAUUAUCAAUUACGAGGAACUGAUCAAGUUGGUCAUGUCGAAGCCGCAGAAGCCUGAAUGAGUAUGGAUCUUUGAAUAUUCUUUUAGCGAGCAUUUUUUUUUUUUUCAGUGAAGAACUUGACAGACAUGUCAUUUAAUUA